AUGGCUUCAAAGAACUCAGCCUCUCUAGCUCUUUUCUUUGCUCUUAACAUCCUAUUUUUCACCUUCACCAGUGCAACUACUUGUUGUACCCCAAGUCCUAAACACAAGCCUCCCCCAAGCCCUAAGGUUCCAUGUCCUCCGGUCCCAACCCCUUCGGUCCCAACCCCUUCCGUCCCAACCCCUGCAAUCCCAACCCCUUCGGUCCCAAGCCCGAGCACCCCUGGCUCAUCCAGAAAUUGUCCUAUAGAUGCCCUCAAACUCGGUGUAUGUGGAAACGUCCUAAGUGGCCUACUCAACAUACAGUUGGGUCAACAAUCAACUCAACAAUGCUGCUCGCUUGUCCAAGGUUUGGUUGACCUCGAGGCUGCGGUCUGUCUCUGCACUGCUCUUAGGGCUAACGUUCUAGGAAUCAACCUUAACGUUCCAAUAUCUCUCAGCCUUCUUCUCAACGCUUGUAACAAGAAGGUUCCAUCUGGAUUCGAAUGCGCUUAA